AAUCCUCUCAUCGCAAUUUCUUACUCUGUUUAUGAAAUCUUCUCUUUCCCUCAUUUUCAAACUCCCCGCCAUUCUUUCCCCUAGAUUUUCGAUUAUCCCUACCACCGCCAUUUCCGCCACCAUGUCCACUUCCGAUCACUCUUCCCCCGCCUUUGACAGACCUCGCUCCGUCAUCAAGAAGGUUCUCGCUAAACUCCAGCACGAAGGCGAUGGCGCCGUUGUUCGUCGAGGCAUCGGAAGGAGCGAUUUGAAGAAUCUGGAUCCAUUUCUGAUGCUCGAUGAUUUUUCCGUUAGUCCGCCGGCUGGAUUCCCCGAUCAUCCUCACAGAGGUUUUGAGACAGUGACUUACAUGUUACAGGGAGGAAUUACCCAUCAGGAUUUUGCUGGCCACAAGGGCACGAUCAGAACAGGGGAUGUACAGUGGAUGACAGCAGGAAGAGGUAUUAUCCAUUCUGAAAUGCCUGCUGGCGAAGGUCCUCAAAAGGGAUUGCAACUUUGGAUCAAUCUUGCAGCACAUGACAAAAUGAUGGAACCAAAAUAUCAGGAGAUUCUAAGCGAGGACAUUCCGAGAGCGGAGAACGACGGUGUCGAAGUUAACGUUAUAGCAGGAGAGUCCAUGGGAGUCCAUUCUCCAAUCUACACUCAAACGCCAACGAUGUACCUCGACUUCACAUUGAAACCAAAAGCUCAAGUGCAUCAAAGCAUCCCAGACACAUGGACUUCUUUCGUAUACAUAAUCGACGGGGAAGGGGUAUUCGGGUCGUUGAACUCGUCCCGGGUAGCUGCUCACCAUGUCCUAGUGUUGGGACCGGGAGAUGGGCUUAGUGUAUGGAACAAAUCUUCAAAUCCAUUGAGGUUUAUUCUUGUAGCAGGGAAGCCACUGAAUGAACCAAUUGUUCAACAUGGACCAUUUGUGAUGAACUCCCAAUCUGAAAUUGACCAAGCCAUUGAGGACUACCACUAUGCCAAAAAUGGGUUUGAAAUGGCAAAGCAUUGGAGAUCACAGUGAGGAAAAAGAAAGAAAGCUUCUAGAAGACCCCAAAAGUUGUUGCCGAUUGUUCUAUAUAAGGUCAGGGGUCUCAGCUUAUCUUUGUCAAAUUUUAUGUUUUUAAUUAUUUUAUUUUAUUUUGUUUGCUGCCUUUUGUUUUUGUUCUGUUCUUUUGUUGUUUCUUUUAAUAUAAAAAU